CUAUAAAUAUAAUGUUAUGGUCCGAAAACGCAAACAUUAUUUUGAAUGCAGUCUGUGAAGAUAUGAUGAAGUGCUUUCUUGCUAUCUUUGCAAGCGCCUUAUUGGCGAGUUGCACGGGCAAAGACUUGGAAAACCUACAGGCGAUUGUUUUCCCGAAUUGUGCACCAAGAAGUAUUUACAGACUCAUCUCUACAAAGACAUGUCUCUUUACAAAGAGUCUUUACGUAGAUGAGACUUUUUUGUCCAGAUGUCCGGAACAGAGUUGCAGAUUCAUAGUUUAUCCUGGACAAACUUCAAUCUCUCCCUUUUCCACCGCGAGACUAGCAACACCCUAUAAAACAAUCGGGAAACAGUGCAGAAUGCCUGGAAUAGAAUGUGGAAAAAGCGGAAAAGUCAGAUGUACAUGCCAAACCCAAUACAUUUCGAAGAAAAUCGAAACAUGGGUUUUCCAACGAAAUGAAGAAACAAACUUGUGGGAGAAAGUGCUACAAACCGUCAAAUUCACGGUUCCUGGUGGAUGUAAAUGUACUAGAUUCAUGAGCGAAUACGCGUUAGAACGAGAAAUAGACGGCUGAGAGUAGAAAGUGAUUACUACAUUUCAAGCAUAUUCAUAAAUGUAUCAACCAAGAUGCAUGAUAUACUAUAUUCUGGUGUUUUUACUAUUGCAUAUUGAAAGGUUAAUCCAAUUUGAUUUUCUUAACCAAAUUUUUAUUAUAUUAAUUUUGGUAUCGAAUUUAAGAGGUGUGACGUAAUCAAGGUAAUGACAUAUUGUAAAACAUAAAAAUAUAUUGUCGGUGUCAAAGACUGCCUCAUUGUACUAUUUCUCAUUAGUAUGAGGAUUCAACACAGAGUAACUUGAAAUAUCAAGGUCUAACAGGGGUGGCCAGCGGGAUUGUAAAUACUUUAGAAUGUAGUAUUUUAAUGUUGACGUAA